ACAUGCAUGAGUGGGAGACCCCUCACCCACUUCUAUGAAGUUUGGUGAUUUAAAGGAAACUGCACAACCACACUUUUCACACCUAGAUCAUUGCUGCUUCGCGCUCUCUCUCUCCCCCAUGUGUGUCUAUGUCUCUCUGUCACUUGCCUUGCUCUCUCUCUCUGAGUUAUAAAUAAAAGCUUUCAUGACAAGUCAAACAGUUUGAGCAAACUUCAGGGCAAGAGACACAGGGCUGUCAGUCAGUCAGAGCAUCAGUCACAGAGGUCUGCGCUCGGCCAGUUCUCCGACUUCGGCUUCACAGCGACAGGGAUUGAGAACCGGCACUCAUACCAGGCACGGACCGGCUUGGGAAUCGAACCGACAACUUGCGCGUAACAUUAUUUCAAGCGGUGCCACGAUGGUUGCAGCGGCGAAGGUGGCGGUCUGUCUGGCCGUCUGGCUUUCUGUGUGUCAGGUCAGAGGCUCCCACAUCUCAGACGGGAUGAACAGAACCAUCCAGAACCUCCUGCAGCACUAUAGGAUUUCACAGAAAGACAGAUUUAACGGGAAGCCCGUGUUCUCCAAGGAGCCAUUGUCUGGCAGAAUUGAGGCUAAGAUGGUGAUUUUUGGUGGCAUUUUGGAGACGUACGAAAAGCUGAUCAACCGGAUGUUGAAGCAGCUGCCUACCCCGAGCCCCCAGACAGCCGGGAGCGUAGAGGGCCUCACCUCUGCCAUCACCGCGGCCCCCGGCACGGCCAGCGAUGCCAAGUCGGCAUCUGGCAUGAGUGUCAGGUCGGAGCUCAGCUUCAUCCUGGAGAAGGUCCAGGAGCUGAAGAAAAACUAUUACCAGGAGGAAGACAAGCUUCUGAAGGGACUGCAGACCAUCAGGCACAUCCAGAUGGAUGACCCUGUCGUCCAGAGCAAAGCAUUGUGGGAGCUGCCGAAGCUUUAUCUGGAGGCGAGUUCCCUGCCUGAAAGCAUCAGGCAGCAGAGGAGGCGGCGGCGCCGCCAAGCACGGAGGGUGAAAACUCAUCAGAGAGCCUGAGACGCCGUGAAGCACGACAAUGACAGCAACAAAGCUAAAAGGCAACAACAAUGAUGGUAAAACAAGGAUUCAGGAUAUUUAAUGACAAAUAUUAAUAUAGACAAACUAACAUGAAAGACAGGACCAAAAAUAUCUAAACUUAAAUCAGCGUGCCUACUUUUAUUUUUUUUAGAUUAUUAAAGAGGUUUUUUCAUAGCUAUUUAUUACUGUGUAAGCCUAAUAAAUAUUGUUUUGUAAAACUUUUUUAAUGUUGGUGUUCGAUACUUGAAAGCAGUGUGGCGGUUUGAGCCUGUGAACAGUUUUCAACAGUUCGUGGUCUUUUUUUAAUCUAUAUAAAAUCUGCAGGUGAUUUAAUGUCCCAGAAAAUCUGUGAAGAGCUGAAACGUGGCCAAACCAAAAUCCAAAAGUCCAACAGCCUCUGACCUCAGUCUGCCAUAAACCGCACGGCAACAGCAUUUAGUGCUGAGUGGAUUCUUUUUAAAAACGUAUUUAUUGCAAAGCUCUCUGGGACUUGUAGUCGAUUUAUCUGUGAAGGUUUAAUAGUGGUACCUUUGACUUUUUAAAGAUGAAACUGAUUUUGUUUUUGGUAAAAAUAAACUGGGCUGUCGCUGCCAGGACCCUCUACUGCCUCAGAGAACUGAUGAUGUUUACAGUACAAAGUACACCAGAGUACUACAAGUCCUCUGGACGUUCAGGUCCAGCACUGAAGUACGAUACUCUUCAAGGAUUUUUGUAUUUUACUGACAUAUUGUGAUUCUCUAUAUUUAUUUUCAUAUUUAAGGUGUUUAUUUAAUAUUGAUUCGUAUUGUUAUGACUGAUGGUUGAUUAUUUAUUAUGCAUUUAUUGAUUGGCACAUGGAGACAAAUGCAACAGAAUAAA